AGUCACGGUAUAAUGUCGCCGAGACAAUUGUGAUUCGGGCAACCGGAAAUUUAUAUCUUACAAACAAUUCACGUGUUUUGUCUCAAAAUGUAAUGUAUUAUUUUUAGCAGAGUAAAUUCUGCACGAUUUUACAUUAUCCCUUAACUAUAAACCGGACAUCAAUUUUUUCUAUAAAACGCGUCCAUUGCACACUGAAUGGAUAAAAUUAUAUUACACGUUUCUGACAUAACUUAUAUGCUAAAAGGAUAUAUGAUACGAGUUGAUUACAAACAAAAGAUUAUUCAGCUGGACGACAAACCGGUUAAGUUACAAAUAUGGGACACCGCGGGACAAGAGCGAUUUCGAACUCUGACAACAGCUUACUAUCGAGGCGCCAUGGGUAUACUGCUCGUGUAUGACGUCACGAAUUUGGACUCCUUCGACCAUCUAACGUACUGGUUGAAGAACAUUCAAGAAAACGCUUCUCCGGAUGUCAUCAAGGUUUUGGCCGGUAACAAAUGUGACAACGAUUCCUUAAGAGCAGUGGACAAAGCGGACGGAGAAAAAAUAGCUGAAUGCUACGACAUGCCGUUUUUUGAAGUUUCCUGUAAGAUGGACGUCAACGUCGAAGACGCGUUCCAGGCGUUGGCGAAAAUGAUCAAAGAACGUUCCAAAUAUGCGGGAGCGUUUGGAUUAAGAGACGAGACGCCCAGGGAGAAAUGUUCACCUCUUUUCGAAAAAUCUUUUGCUGAAUCCACACGGAAGUGCAGUUCCUGCUAAUACCAAUAUAAUAUUAUUAAAAUAAUUGUUUUGCUAUUCAUGUUUUAUUAAAAAAAAAAAAAAAUAAACCCAAAAGCGUAAAUAUUAUAAUAAUAUGUUGACCGGGUGAUUAUUUAUGAUGCUGAAAAACUGAAUUAAUUGUUAUAUUAUACGCUACAACAAUAUGGUCAAAGAAACAGAAAAUAUUUACACAA